CUUCAGCUCCGACUCGCGAACUCGAAGCACCGUGUUCACUCCUUCGGUAAAGCACAGGCCCGACCAGAGCAUCGAUCGUUAUGGACAACCAACCUGGAUACGACUCUGCAUAUCAGUCCAGCUUGGACGAAUCACAGAUACCCGCGUCUACUGGUACCCCGCAAAAGGAUUCUACUUCGUCGUCAUUGUACUGGAUAACGAUCAUCCUUUUCUGCGUCGCAUUUUUCUUUUGCUGCGGCGUAAUUGUCAUCACCAUGGUGCCAACAGGUGGCAGUGGAGACAGUGAUGUGGUCGAUGAAGCCCCGGACCAAGGAAGCGGUGGCGGUGGCGGUCAAGGACCGGGACCUGUGGUGCCGAAUAACCCCCCCGUUAUAUCCAGCGGAACAGACACAACCAGCAGUGGCCAGCCUACCAGUGCGGGCCCGGCUGCAUCUGCGAGGUCGCAGGCGACUCCUGCUGGUGCGAGCCUUCCUGCAAGUGCGAGCCUUCCUUCAGGCCCGCCGACCACUCAAAGAACAACUGCGACUAGGAGAAUGACUGCUGCACCUCCGAGGUCACAAACGACUCCUACGAGAAUAACUACCACACCACCUGCGAGCACAAGUGCGCCUAAACCUGAAGUGGCAACACCCAUGGCACCAUAUAGCUACGUAUGCACCAUCAGCGAAGCGUGGCGAGGAAACACGACGUACCUACCUCCAGACAACGCGUGCGACUACUUGUUCUACGACUCGCUCUACAAGGACAACAAGAACGCCCUCAUCGAUGGCAUACAGCUGUGGGACGCCGGAGCCCAGCAGUUCGUCGCGCAGGCGUCCGUGUACAAGCACACAAAGUUGGGCUUUUCGUUCGCGGACAAGUUUCACCUUCUGAGAAGAGACAUAAAAGACCCAAAAUUUUUCACCAUCAUCGACGAUAUCUGGAGAUACAAUAUAUCCCACUUCGGCAUGCUGGAUGUCAGCGCGCACUACCCAACUGAUGCAGUGGUCUAUGAGUGUCUCAUUCUGCUCAAGGCGGUGUAUCUUCAUCUGAAACCGAAGACUUCACCCCAAAGGCCAUCUUACUACGUCUUAGGAUUAUAUCUGGAUCCUCAGAUACCCGACUUCAGCGCUGUGAACUUGAUGACGACAGUCUUCACACCAUCAAUGUUCAUCUCCAUCGCGCACCUUUCGUACUCGGUCAGCGAUUUCCUUAACUGCCGUAUAAUUCCUGUUGCUAUGGCUGAGCCUUUACCAGGCGACGGGCACUGGAAGACUUACGGACACACCGUGAACGACAGUUUGGAUUUACUUCGGGAAGUGGCCAAGCUUGGCCUCUCUGUUCCCCUUGCGAUGUCGUUUGGCAUGAAAGGAAUGUUCUACGCCCCCAAGUUUCUCAACAAAGCCGCGCCGACAAUCGAAGAGUUCGAGCUAUUUAAACCUUGCAAAAAGUUUCAGGCGGCCAAGUAUGAAGACCCCAAGAAGGUCUGUGCUGAGGGUGGCUGGAUUGAGUCGCUGCUUGUGCCUGGCCAUGCCUACAACAUAAACCAAAGAAAAGCAUUCACCUACCUAACCGAGCGUAGGAUAGCCGUACUGGCAUGUGACGGGAAGAUGUUCAGCAUCAAUCUAGACUUCGCGCUUGCAGCAUACGACGUGGACUACGACGCAGAACUAUCGUGCGCCCCGUUCGGUUUCUCAUCACGAGGCCAACGCUUUGGUCGGGUCACUGUUAUGCGCAAGGUAACGAAUUUCUUUCGGACGAACUACACCACCCCGAAGCAGAACAUUGAAUGCAAACUACAGGCAUUCCCGGAUGAAGAUGUUGGUUAAUCUGGAGCGUUGGCUGCCAUGCUGCUUUUAUAAAGACAUCGGAAUAUCUUGGUUUGCGAUGCGAGUUUCUUCGAGAAAUAAAACCGUCGUUUCGUCUUUCAAUUGUA